AUGGAAGAUAUUGACGCCGAGUUUGGCCCUAUACGUAAGUCACAUCAGACUAUUAGUUCUGAUCAAAUCAUCAAAGAUGUCAGAAUAGAUCACGAGCAGCAAUCGGUUUUGCGUAAGAUCAAACUGACCAGAGGAGAUAUGGAGCAGAAUGAGAUCAGUACCAGAUCAAUACAAGAUACUUCUAGAGUUUUUGAAAUCCCGACGGUAGUUCAAGAGACACAGGAUAAUGUUUAUGAACCUACUGUUUCAGCUAAAAGAACUCACGACUCGAUACCUAAUGAGUCGGUGAAGAGGGCAAAAUUAUUGAAAGCAAUCGAUAAGGAGUUUGAGCAGUUCCGUAACUUCCUAAUACGUAAACUUAAUAAUUCUUUGCCAGCUGAGCAGGUUAAGCUACCGAGCCAUAUCAGAGAAGCUUCAGAUGAGGUUGAAAGGAUACUCAAACAAUCCAUAAUUCAAAAGGAGAGUCACUCCGCAAUUAUCGUGGGACCUCGAUCUCGGUACAAGACUGCAACUGUCAAUCACCAUCUCAGUAUAUUAGCAGAAAGGUUUGAAAAGCAGUUUGUGACUAUUCGUUUGAAUGGGUUUAUCCAUACAGAAAAUGCUGCCAUUAAUAGCAUUGCCCAUCAGUUAGAGACUCAGCUUAGUGAGUUACACGGCUCAAGCAGUUCAAAAUUUGAAAUAAGCUCAGGUUCCCUGACUGAAGUGUUCGAAAAAAUUCUACGAUUGAUUGAUACAACAUCUGUUCAAAGGGAAAAGAGUACCUCCACAAGGUCGGAGAAGAUAUCUGUUGUAUUUAUCUUCGAUGAGAUUGACACGUUUGCAGGACCUGUCCGUCAAACCUUGUUGUAUAAUUUGUUUGAUAUGGUGGAACAUGCUCGAGUACCUGUAUGCAUUCUCGGCUGCACGACAAAGUUGAAUAUUGUUGAAUAUUUGGAAAAGAGGGUAAAAAGCAGAUUCUCACAGCGUAUAAUAUACAUGCCACCUAUAGAAUCUUACGAGGAGUUUUUGACAGCAUUUAAAGAAGAAGUUUGUGUGAAUUUGAACAACUGUUAUGCAAACGGUUGGAAUGCUAAAAUUGAGAAAUUGUUGGAACUUGAUUCUUCAGCACUCUCAAAGCUGGUACGAAAUAAUUUUGAGACCUUAAGAUCGGUGGGAUUACUUAAGACUUCUUUGAUUCCAAUGGUCGUAAAAGAAAGAUCACACGAGCUGCUAUUAAAUGCCUUGGAAUCAUGCAGUUCUGUUAUAGCCUACAACGGCAAUCAACUGUCUAAUAGCUUAACUGCUAAACUCAUGUCUCUGUCUGAUCUCGAAAUUGCUUUAUUAAUUGCUGCUGCUCGUGUAUCUCUGCGAAAUGAUGACUCGGUUAAUUUCAACCUCAGUUACGCUGAGUACUCUUGUAUGGUUAAAGAACUGAAUAAAAAAAUUCCGAUGAUUCCGCCAGCUGUAGGAGGAACGCUCAAAAUUGACAAUACGGUUAGAAUUUGGAGCAAGAAGGACGUUAAAAAUGUCUGGGAAAAUAUUAUCGCUCUGGAUUUUUUGACAGAAAAGGGGGCAGUGGGUCUUCGCGCUUCAGCACUGGCUGCUUUUCAAGCCAGUAACUACCACACUAGCGGUACGAUUAUACCAUUCGAUUUGAGAACGUACCAGAUGCAGAUCACUCUGGGUGAGCUUCGGAGGAUUGUUCCCAACUCCUCCAUGUACUACAGCUGGACUCAGUUAUGA